AUGCGGACCCUCAUCGCUUCACUCCUUUUGAUCGUUUGCUUGCGUGGAAUGAGUUCACAGGAUUUAAACAAUAGUUCUGAUCAAACAACCACGGAGACAGCUGCAUCUGUAUCCAGUACACAAUCAUCCGUCCAAAGCACGCAGGAAGCUGCACAGAGCACGACUGCUCAAUCCACACAAAUGUCUUCGAGUUCAUCUAUGGCCUCACAAAGCUCAGGAAGCACAGCUGCUCCACCAGCAACCGGAUCCACAGCUGCGCCAACACAAAUGUCCACACGAAGUGGUUCGGGGCGGCCUUUGAUUCAAGCAAUCGGCUGGACUUUGUUACUCACUACCGGAGCUGCACUCUUCUGA